AGGUGACGUGACCCCGGGUCCGCGCUCCUCGUCGGUGGGAGGUCACGUGACUCGCGACGUCCCGUGAUUCAGGUGCGGCCGCGGGUGGACGGAGACAGACAGACGGACAGACAGUGAUUUUUUUUCAUUACGAUGCGGUUGGUUAUUCUUGACAACUAUGACAAGGCCAGUGAAUGGGCAGCAAGUUACAUUUGCAAUUCCAUUGUUCGAUUCAAGCCAGGCCCAGAUCGAUACUUUACGCUGGGUUUGCCCACAGGGAGCACACCUUCUGGAUGUUAUGGAAAGUUGAUUGAAUAUUAUAAAAAAGGCCAUCUCUCGUUUAAAUAUGUGAAGACAUUUAACAUGGAUGAAUAUGUUGCACUUCCAAGAGAUCAUCCAGAAAGUUACCAUUCGUAUAUGUGGAAUACUUUUUUUAAACACAUUGACAUAGAUCCAAAUAAUACUCAUAUUCUUGACGGUAAUGCACCAGAUCUGCAGGCAGAGUGUGAUGUAUUUGAGAAGAAGAUUGCUGAUGCUGGAGGGAUUCAGCUCUUUGUCGGAGGCAUUGGUCCUGAUGGACAUAUCGCUUUCAAUGAACCUGGAUCCAGCCUAGUGUCAAGAACAAGGGUGAAAACAUUAGCAAAAGAAACCAUUCUUGCUAAUGCCCGAUUUUUUGAUGGCGAUCUGAAAAAAGUGCCUCACAUGGCAUUAACUGUUGGUGUUGGAACAGUGAUGGAUGCUAAAGAGGUAAUGAUUCUCAUCACAGGAGCGCACAAAGCAUUUGCAUUGUACAAGGCAAUAGAAGAGGGAGUCAAUCAUAUGUGGACAGUUUCUGCAUUCCAGCAACAUCCACGUACAACCUUUGUUUGUGAUGAAGAUGCUACUUUGGAGCUUAAAGUUAAAACUGUGAAAUAUUUCCAAGGUUUAAUGCAUGUGCACAAUAAACUUGUGGAACCAUUGCACAGUAUGAAAAGUUACAGCGAUUGAAGAAACUAAAAUGAGAAAACUUCCCAUCAUGUUCAGCUGACCAGAACUUGAAAAGGGCAUUGCUAAAUUGAGUUCUAUGCAACUUUUUUAUUGACAAACUCAUGUUAAUUAAGCAAAAUGAUUGUGCUGGAGUAACUUUGAAAUUCCUUUUGCAUAUUCAGUGUUCUUUUUUCCUGACCUAUAUAUUUUUUUGUACUCUGAUCAUUAACCAUGAAUAUUUAGUUGUUUAUAACGAAGUCUUACAACCAGUGUAGAAGGGGAAAAAUAAAUGGAUCAUGGGAAUCAUCUGCAGGCAGUCUUCAGGUUCCUUCUUCUCUGAACCACUUUCCCCGUAUAAGGAGAUCCAGCACUCUUGAUUUUUUUUAAUGUUUGGGAAAAUUUACGCUUCAGAUUUCCGUAAGUCAGGUAACCCAGGCAACCAUUGUACUUGCGAGAUAAUGGCCAUUCCAAAACAUAAUUUAAAUAAACAUUCCAAAUUGGCGGUGAUCUCUCUUACCUCAGCUUGUUUUCUCACAUUCAGUAACUUGGGACACAUACACAUUGAAAGACCAUUUUGCUGAAAUAUUUACUGGAGGUUUUGUUUAUUCCAGGUUCCUUGGCAUCUUUAGAAAUAUUCAGUUACUUGCAUCUACUACAUGAACUUUAGAAGUGAUAUUAUCAAAUUUAUAACGCGCACCAAUUGUUUUGUUUCACAAUCUAAGCAACCCAAGGAACAAAUGCAGUUUGUUUUUUGUUACUGCCUCCUUCACCUAUUACAAUGUGGCACACUGCAAUUGUUGGAGUAUAUUGAAAUUAAUAAUGACAUGAAAAGUUACAAAUUUAAGAUUUAGUUAAGUGACUCAACAUCUAUUUUACAAGCCAGAUGAAGAAACUUCGAACUGCAGAUGCUGGUUUACAAAAAAGACAGUGCAGGAGUAAAUCAUCGGAUCAGGCAACGGCUCUGGAGAACAUGGAUAGGUGAUGUUUUGGAUCGGUUUGAAGAAGGGUCCCAACUUGAAACAUCCCUAUCCAUGUUCUCCAGCGAUGCUGCCUGACCCCUUGAGUUACUCCAGCACUUUUUUUUAAUUUUACAAGCCAAAUGGAAACCAUAUAACGGUUAAUUUCUGUUAUAGAUUUCCUGUUGCACUUUUAAUGCUUUAUAUUAUUUCACUGCUCCAUUUGUCUUGACAUUGUAAUAACCAAUUGUUUGCUUUACUUUAUAUUUGUAGUGCUAGAGUGCAAUUAAUGGACCAUCUUAUGUUAUUGUAAUAAUCAUGGGAAUUAGUGGAAGAAAAACAUAAAUGUGAUUCUAUUUCAAUCGACUGGAAACAUUUCAGAAAAUGGCAAUGGCAUCAGAGUUAUUACUAGCUUAAAUGUUUACCUGCUAAAGUAUUAUGUAUGGAUCAUUUCAGAAAACCUAAUAUAGGAUAUUUUCGCACACUUGAGCUUUAAAUUGAAUUUGAUAGAUGCUUGAUUCCCUAAAGAUGCAUAAAUUGUACAUAAUACAAAUGUUUGCUGCACUAAAUACUGCUUCAUGUUAUUGUGGAUCUGAAUGUUAAACUUUUUGUAUUAGCACCUUUCCUCGAUGACAAACUUGUGCAUUAAUAUGCAGCAUCUUAUCUUUAUGCCUUAAUCUAAAUUACCUUAACUGAUUUAUGUAUACUCAAUAAAGGCGUUUUAAUAACA